CCUAGAGCCUCCUCCUAUAGUUCCGCAGGGGUUUUUGAGCUUUGAGAUUUGGGAGAGAGCAGGGUUAGGGUUUAGCGAAAGCAAGAAGAAGGCGAAGCAACAAUGGACGGUCUCACCGAAGCAGUGAACGACAUGCACAUCACCGAUUCAGCGGCCAACAAGAAGAAUCGCAUCCAAGUCUCUAACACCAAGAAGCCCCUCUUCUUCUAUGUCAAUCUCGCCAAGAAGUACAUGCAGCUCAACAAUGAGGUGGAGCUUUCCGGUCUAGGAAUGGCUAUUGCUACAGUUGUUACCAUUGCUGAGAUCCUCAAGAACAAUGGAUUGGCUGUUGAGAAGAAGAUCAUCACCAAAACUGUUGACAUGAGGGAGGAUGCAGGAGGGCGCCCAAUUCAGAAAGCUAAGAUUGAGAUACUUCUGGGAAAGUCAGACAAGUUUGACGAGAUAAUGGCUGCUGCUGCCGAGGAAGCCAAUGAAUAUGAGGAGCAGAGUUGAAAUGUGUUGUUUCAGAUUGCAGUAACUGAUACCUUCUUUAAAAGCUGUGGAUGUCUAACUUAGAUUGGCUUCUCCAAGUGAUUUUUGUUUAGCUAUUAUAAACUUUCGUUUAGGAAUUGUUGUAAGAUGCAGUUCUCUCUGCUAAAAUUUGGAUUCGGUCAGUGUUUGAGAAUCUUAUGAUAUGGAGGCUUUGGACUUGUUCUUUUGGUGGUAGAUCAUCCUCCUUGUUCA